AUGACCACAGUAGCAAUAAUUGGAGCACACAGUGUGCUUUUCGAACCCAUUGUCAAAGCGCUCAAGCAAGCCUCAAACGUGAAGUUCCCCAUAAGAGCUGUCACCAGGAAGAUCGGUCCAUCUGAAGUGUCUGAUGAUAAAGUCAAGUACUACGAAGCAACUGCAGAUGACGACAAGACAUACGACCCAGUCCUGACAGGCACUGACGUAAUCAUCAACCUUACUCCCCCAUCUGUGGAGGAGUCCAAGUACAACAGCAUUCUCAAGUCAAUUGAGCGAGUCGGUGUAAAGAAUUUCAAGUUCUACAUUCCAUCGCAGUUUGGAGUUGAAUUGUCAGAGUUUCCCUUCCGCCCUCUCGUGUACAUCAAGCAGCAACACUCCGAAAAGGCCCGUAAGCUGGGUUUGAAGACUGUGGAUGUGUUCAAUUCAUAUUUUGUCAACAAAGGCGGGUUCCUGGAUACCAUUUUGGCUCAUCUUGGUUACCAAGGUGACAACAAGGUCAUCAUAAGAGGAGAUCCAGAUCAGCUUUUCAAUGUCAGUCAUGUUGACGAUAUUGGACUCAGUAUUGCCUCGUUGAUCGACAACGUCGACAAAGCUUCCAUUCCUGACACUCUCCGCAUCUAUAGCGACCGUGUCAGCCAGAAGGAGUUCUAUGACGCCUAUGAAAAGAGACACAAUGUCAAGUUGGAGCGCUCGUAUGAGUCCAAGGAGGAGGCUCUGCGCAAGGCAACUGAGAAAUUGAAUAGUGGUUUCAAGCCCGCUGACUUUUUGUAUUAUCUCAAUGUCGGUGUUUCACAGUCCCCAGAAGGGGGCUUUGCCUUCAAGGGAGACGGAAGAGACAUCGUCAACCCUGGGGAGAAGUAUUUCAAAUGGCGCAAGUUCGCUAAUUUUUACGAUUAA